AUGCGCAAACAUCCGACGAUCGACUGGCUGGCUACUGAGAGUUCUCAUCAUUUUCUCUCUGUUGAGUGAGUUGGAGGGAGUGGAAGUCACUGCAGAUGGAGGAGAUCAAACAAAAGAGUUAUGAAAAGCUUCCUAAAUCAAGUCGGGUGGAUCUUGCAACACUACAAAAUUUCCCAAACCCAGCCUGGGGGUCAGGGUUCAUGAAUAUCCUUGAAGAGAUUCCGAAUUACAAGCCGAUAGGGAAGGUGCUGCUAAAGAGUCCCCAGGGGGAAAGGGUGAGGGAGAUCCAGGCCCUCCACGAGAACGGUGGUCGUGUGGAUGUGCUGCACGACAUCUUCCAGACGUGGCUGAUGGAGGACGAGCAGGCCACCUGGGAGAAACUGGUGGCCCAUCUCACCUCGGCCGCCCUGAGCCCACUUGCUGAUACCAUCCAGUCCAGAUUACGUGAUUAUUAGGACUAUAAGGAUUACCACUGUCGUGAUUUUGAUUAUUUUUUGCAAGAGCCAGCACAAUGUGGCCUAUGCACGCGCCUGCGCAUGCGCGCUUCAUUGUGAAAACGCAAGCGGAAAAGCGGAGAGUUUGGGGUGUCAUUCUUCUUGGGUUCUCUCCUACUCAAAGCAGCCAUGGCUCGUAUUGCGGCGUUCCUCGUGUGUCUGGUGGUCCUCUGGGGAACCCAGGAGGCUUGGGGAAGACUGAGUCAACUGACUGACCUCCACAGAAAGCCAACCAACAUCGUGGACUUGACUUUUGAGCACGACGGUUCCCCGUCAGAGCUUGCUGCUGGUACUCACCAGCUACUGAAACGUCAAACAAGUCGCCAACCUCACGUGGACGGAGUUCACGAGUUCCACGAUGGCCAUUACCGUGCCAGAAUCUACUACCCCGGUGGUGGCAGUCAGGUCAUAAUUGUUCUCACUUAUGACUGGAUCAACAAUGUCGCAUAUCGCUCAUACCUUUACAGGUCAACCAACUAUGGGAGUACUUUCACCAACAUCAGCAGCACAGUGAACAAUGCCAUUCUCUACCAAAACUUCUAUGUGAAUGGGAGCACAUUGAUCUUUGUGGAUGCUGUGGUACCACUGCUCUUCUACACUGUUGAUGAGGGAGCAACGUUCACAGCAGUUGACUUGACUCCCAGCACUCUGAUCACCACUACUGUCGUCUACCACCCCACCAGAGACGGCUGGAUGUUGAUGCAGGACCAUCUGCAUGCCUUUCAUUCAGCUGCAGAUCAGGAGAGGUUGAUUGUAAUAUUCAGAUAACCACGAACUGUUGCUCCCCCCCUGUAGGGCUGAUGGUGACUGGGACGAUGAUGACAGGAGGAUAUACUUCAACACCACUACUUCUCAUCUCUGCAUCUCUGACUACCCGUACUCUGGAGAAGUAAAGGAAUUUGACUCAAAUCUGGAGUCCACAACACGUUUGAUACGUUUGAGAUUGUCGGUCGCUACAUAUUUGCCCAGAGAACAGACAGUGGUAUGGUGGCUCUGUACGUCAGUGACAGACGUGGGCCCCUCCAGAAAGCUCACAUACCAAUCCCUGGAGGUCACGAGAGGUACCUGGUGUCCCACAUAGACGACAUGCAGGCCCUGGUGAUAGUGGAGCAUGCAGGGGGAUUCUACAACCUCUACCUCUCAGAUGAGUCUGGUCUCUACUUCAGUCUCUCUCUCAAUGACAUUGUCAUUGAGGCUCUCUACGGUCGCUGGCAGAUUGACCUCGAACUGAUUAAUGGACUGAACGGGACUCUCAUAGCCAACCAGUAUGCAAGAGAUGGUCAAUUUCCAUUUCGCUCUGCCAAGAGAACACUCAUCUCCUCUGACAAUGGAGCCUUCUGGUCAGGGAUAUUGCCUCCUGACGAGGAUGUGAAUCGUGUUCCCAUCAACUGUGAGCCUCCCAACUGUACCCUCCACCUCCAAAUGGACACCUCCUACUAUGCCAGACUGGGUGUCUACUCCACCGAGUCUGCCCCUGGAAUUAUUGUUGCUCAUGGCAACACUGGUGCGACACUGAGUGGGAGCCCAGACCUCUACAUUUCUCGUGACGGUGGAAUAACCUGGGAGCAGACACUAGCUGGGAGCUGGGGGGUUAAUCUGGCAGACCACGGAGGGUUAAUGGUGGCGGCCAGGGACUACCACGAGGAGGAGUCAAUGGAUUUAAAGUACUCUUGUGAUGAGGGCUACUCCUGGACAGACUUCCAGUUCAUUAAUCAAACCAUCACGGUGUUUGGAGUGAUCACGGAGCCAGGUCACCACACAACAGUAGCCAGUCUCUACGGAGGUCCAUGGAGGAGAACCAGUAACCCGUUUGAGUGGACGGUGGUGACUGUUGACUUUGCUGGAAUCUUCCCUCGGCCCUGUGGUGACUCUGACUACUACGACUGGAGACCGUGGGAUGUGCGGACUGAGAGUGACUGUGUCCUGGGUAGCUCCAUCACCAUUGAGAGACGACUGCCUCAGAUCUGCUGUAUGAAUGGAAGAGAAUACGACCGAGAGUUUGACUUCCGCAUCUGUCAAUGCACCAGUGAAGACUAUGAGUGUGAUUAUGGCUAUGCUCGUGCGGACUUCAACUCUCCAUGUGUGAGGGACAAUAUCACCAUACUGCCCAACCCAUGUGGAGAUGGCAAGACCGAGACUUACAUGGCCAGCAGUGGGUACCGGAAGAUAGGAGGAGAUGUGUGUGCUGGUGGUGAGGAGGACAUGUACAAGAAACAAGAGGCUGACUGCUGCGCCCACCACAGUCAACCUUCAUCAUCAAACUCCACAGUUUACUCCACAAUUUACUCCACAGUUUACACCACAGUGGAUCAGCACAGUGGAGACAAGGGGGCGGAGCCUAAGGUCGUUGUGCUGGGGGUUCUCUUUGUUCUCGCACUCCUGAUCAUUGCAGUGUUUGUCGUCCUGUUCAUAAUGGUGUCCAUGAAGUACCAGACACUGAAGAAGAAGUAUGUUCGAGUGUUGACAGCGGCAGAGCCUGACCUGCGCAUGCUCAAUGAGAGAGGAGAUGAAGAUUACUCCACAGAGAACUUUGCUCCUGUUGCUGGUGGUGAGGAUGAUGAUGAAAAGCCACUGAUUCUGUAGCACUACGCUACUAAUGGGAAUGAGAACUGAAUCAAACUUUUUAAAUUGUGUAGAUAAUUCCCUUUUGUGUUAUACUACAAGAUACAUGAUAAUUUUGCAUUACAUCAUAAUUAUUUGAGGGGCAGGGUCGGAGGAGGAGUAGUGUGUGUCAGUGUGUAUCUGCUAUGGCUCGUAUUGCGGCGUUCCUCGUGUGUCUGGUGGUCCUCUGGGGAACCCAGGAGGCCUGGGGAAGACUCAGUCAACUGACUGAACUCCACAGAAAGCCAACCAACAUCGUUGACUUGAGUUUUGAGCACGACGGUUCCCCGUCAGAGCUUGCUGCUGGUACUCACCAGCUACUGAAACGUCAAACAAGUCGCCAACCUCACGUGGACGGAGUUCACGAGUUUCACGAUGGCCAUUACCGUGCCAGAAUCUACUACCCCGGUGGUGGCAGUCAGGUCAUAAUUGUUCUCACUUAUGACUGGAUCAACAAUGUCGCAUAUCGCUCAGACCUUUACAGGUCAACCAACUAUGGGAGUUCUUUCACCAACAUCAGCAGCACAGUGAACAAUACCGUUCUCUACCAAAACUUCUAUGUGAAUGGGAGCACAUUGAUCUUUGUGGAUGCUGUGCUACCACGGCUCUUCUACACUGUUGAUGAGGGAGCAACGUUCACAGCAGUUGACUUGACUCCCAGCACUCUGAUCACCACUACUGUCGUCUACCACCCCACCAGAGACGGCUGGAUGUUGAUGCGGGACACAUUGAAUGCGUUGUAUGUGACUGAGAACUAUGGAGUGCUAUGGACGUAUGUAGCACCGAAUGUGGAUACAUUCCAAUGGGCUGAUGGUGACUGGGAUGAUGAUGACAGGAGGAUAUACUUCAACACCACUACUUCUCAUCUCUACGUCUAUGACUACCCAUACUCUGGAGUGGCAAAGGAUUUAGACCCAAAUCUCAGCGGUCGCGAUACAUUUGACACGUUUGAGAUUGUCGGUCGCUACAUAUUUGCCCAGAGAACAGAGAGUGGUAUGGUGGCUCUGUACGUCAGUGACAGACGUGGGCCCCUCCAGAAAGCUCACAUACCAAUCCCUGGAGGUCACGAGAGGUACCUGGUGUCCCACAUAGACGACAUGCAGGCCCUGGUGAUAGUGGAGCAUGCAGGGGGAUUCUACAACCUCUACCUCUCAGAUGAGUCUGGUCUCUACUUCAGUCUCUCUCUCACUGACAUUGUCAUUGAGACUCUCUACAAUCGCUGGCAGAUUGACCUCGAGCUGAUUCAAGGAGUGAAUGGGACCCUUAUUGCCAACCAGUAUGCAAGAGAAGAUGCAGCCAGUCGUGCCUCUACUAGAAGGACAGUCAUCUCCUAUGACAAUGGAGCAUUCUGGUCAGGGAUAUUGCCUCCUGACGAGGAUCUGAAUGGUGUUCCCAUCAACUGUGAGCCUCCCAACUGUACCCUCCACCUCCAAAUGGACACCUCCUACUAUGCCAGACUGGGUGUCUACUCCACCGAGUCUGCCCCUGGAAUUAUUGUUGCUCAUGGGAACACUGGUGAGACACUGAAUAGCCUCCCAGACCUGUACAUUUCUCGUGACGGUGGAAUAACCUGGGAGCAGACGCUAGCUGGGAGCUGGGGGGUUAAUCUGGCAGACCACGGAGGGUUAAUGGUGGCGGCCAGGGACUACCACGAGGAGGAGUCAAUGGAGUUAAGGUACUCCUGUGAUGAGGGCUACUCCUGGACAGACUUCCAGUUCAUUAAUCAUUCCAUCACAGUGUUUGGAGUGAUCACGGAGCCAGGUCACCACACAACAGUAGCCAGUCUCUACGGAGGUCAAUGGAGGAGAACCAGUAGCCCGUUUGAGUGGAUUGUGGUGACUGUUGACUUUGCUGCAAUCUUCUCUCGGCCCUGUGGUGACUCUGACUACUACGACUGGAGACCGUGGGAUGUGCGGACUGAGAGUGACUGUGUCCUGGGUAGCUCCAUCACCAUUGAGAGACGACUGCCUCAGGUGUGCUGUCUGAAUGGAAGAGAAUACGACCGAGAGUUUGACUUCCGCAUCUGUCAAUGCACCAGUGAAGACUACGAGUGUGAUUAUGGCUAUGCUCGUGCGGACUUCAACUCUCCAUGUGUGAGGGACAAUAUCACCAUACUGCCCAACCCAUGUGGAGAUGGCAAGACCAAGACUUACACAGCUAGUACUGGGUACCGGAAGAUAGGAGGGGACGUUUGUGUAGGUGGUGAGGAGGACAUGUACAAACCCUAUACAGCAGACUGCUGCGAGAACAACUCUCCAAUUUCAAGCACCACUUCGACAUCCAGCUCUACCUCCACCUCCUCUUCAACCAGUACAAGAACCUCUUCAACUGCCAGCUCAUCUUCAACUUCAAGCUCUUCUUCAAACCCAACUUUAACUUCAAGCUCUUCUUCAAACCCAACUUCAAGUUUGAGCUCUUCUUCAGUUACCACUCACACUUUGAGCUUUUCUUCAAGCACAACUUCAACCUCUUCAAGCAGUGCCAGUACUUCUUCAACCUCGAGUUCUUCUUCAACCAGUACAAGUACUUCUUCAACCUCGAGUUCUUCUUCAACCAGUACAAGCGAUACUUCCAAUUCGCGCUCAACUUCAACCAGCAGUAGCACGGUGCCAACUUCAACCGUGACAGCCACAAGCACAGCGGCGAAAUCUGGGCCCACACCUGAAGUGGACCGGCAGAGGUCUGAGGGAGGAGAUGGGGACAAGGUGACAGCACUGGCUGUUCUCCUUGGACUGGCAGUAGUGACAACUGGUGUGUUUCUGAUCCUGUUCUUCGUUGUCUCAACUAAGUACCGGAGAGUGAGGCAGAAGUACAUCCGAGUUUUGACCUCGGCAGAGCCUGAUCUGCUCACACUCAAAACUGCAGAGGAUGAUGACUCCCCUGAGGCAGUUGCUCCAGCUGGUGAUGAUGAUGACGAUGACAAGCCCCUCCUUAUGUAGCUGGUGCAUUUUACAUCGGAUUUUUAAUGUUUGAUUUUACAUGACUCAAUGCAUUUUAGAAUAGGUGGAUAAUGUACUGUGUGUCAAUGUGUAUUACAGUAUCGGUAAACACUC